UACUACAAAAAUAAAAAUAUAUAUUUAGAAUACAUAACCUUUACCUUGAAUGGAAAUAUACAGUUUUCUUCAAAUGACAGAUGGUUGUUUUACCUGAAAAUCAUGAAUAUUUUACCGAAAAAAAGCUGGCAUGUGCGUAACAAAGAUAAUAUUGCACGCGUUAGACGUGAUGAAGCUGAAGCUCGUGAACAAGAAGAAGUAAAAAAGAAAAAAUUUGAAUUAGCCGAAAAUGAAGCGCGUAUCAGCUUUUUACGUAAAAAAUCUGGCCUAGUGGAUCUGGAAGAGUUUAAAAAAACAUAUGAAAUUGAUGAAGACACUCCUACUUCUUCACAACAUGUAAACUUAUUUUCAGAUUUAAAUAGUCAUACAAAAAGUAAAAAUAAGGAAGCUGAAAAAGAAAGUAAGGCAGAACGUGAAAAAUAUGAAAAGCAAGUAGGAUAUUUAACUUAUCUUGGGCAAGAUACAAAUGAAGCACUCAAAUUGAAAAGUUGGUAUGAGAAAGCACCAAUCCGUGGAGUGGAAACAAAAUAUGAUGAAAAAGAUCUUAGAAAUAAAUAUUAUAAUGAUCCACUCACCUUGAUAAAAACACUAUUGCCAUCUGAACAACAGUCUGAUGAAGAGACAGAUUCAGAAAAAGAAAAAGAAAAAGCACCAAGUAAUGACAAAAUUAAAACCGAAAUUCUAACAAAGGAUUUAGAAUUUAAUAGAAAAUCCAAAAAAAGUAAAGAGAAAAAAGAAAAAAAGUCUAAAAAAAAACAUAAGAAAAAAUCCAAAUAUAAUUCUGAGAAGGAACUUAAGCAUAAAAAUCGUGAAGAAUUGUCCAUUGAAAGAAUGCAGGACAAGAAAGAAAAACUGGCAAAGUUGCGUGAGGAAAGAUUACGGAGAGAAGCUGCUGAAAAAUUGCGACAAGAAGCUUUAAUGGCACCAAAGACAGAUGUGCCACCAGUAAAUACGACAAAUGUGAAACCUUCGAAUACUCGAAUUAAACAGAAAUACAAUAGUCAGUUCAACCCGGAGUUGGCAAAACAAAACAUAUUGGAAAAUAAUUAAUAUUAAUAAAGAAAACAUAAUGCUUUUUCAUAUUCUUAACCAAGAAAGAACUCUAGAUUUUAAGUAAAGUUAAUGAAUACUGAGGUAUGGAAUGUGAACAUUGGUUUCAUGAGAUAAUAUCCCAUUGAACGGAUACAAAACCUUUUCUUUCUCUAUCUAAUCUGACGUGAUUGUAUAUAAAGGGAAUAGUGUUUCCUAAAAUAUAUAGUUUGUGUAAUCAAUAGCUCUAGAUAAAAUAUUCUUACUUAACAAGUAACUUGGGUAUAAUGUUUUGGUUGUAUUUAGGAAUAAUCAAUAUUU